AGGUGAGAAUUAGUUGGUCACUGCUUUUGUCCAGCAAGUACAAAAAAAUCCACAUAGACUGUUGUAUAGUUCGACAGAUGGGAAACGAUUUCAACUUCAAGACAUUCUCCAACCAAGAAAACGACAAAUUAACCCUGGAGCUGACAGAAGAAGCGAACCUCAAAGGAAAAACCCAGGUUUUGAGAUGGCAAGUGGCCUUUGCCUUGCUGCUGAUAGUGGCCGUGGCUGUCAGUUUGAUUAUGGGGUUAUUGUAUUAUUACAAGGAUGGCAACGCUGUAACAGUCACUCCACAGCCAUCACAACCACCUCCACAACCAACUGGCGAGUACCAAUACGCCAAGGCUGCUGUGGCUGCUGAUGCUGGCGAGUGCUCAGAGAUCGGCCGGGAUAUGCUGGCAAAGGGAGGCACUGCUGUAGACGCUGCGAUAGCAGCGUAUCUGUGUAUUGGUCUUUAUAACUACCAGAGUACUGGCAUUGGCGGAGGCUUCAUCAUGUUAUACUACAACGCCAAGACUAGAACCACUGAAGUGUUGGAUGCAAAAGAGAAAGCGCCACUCGCUGCCUUCGAAACAAUGUACGAACAUGAGACAGAAGACGCCUCCAUUACAGGUGGCUUAGCCAUUGCAGUUCCCGGGCAGCUAGCUGGUUACUGGACCGCUCAUCAACGGUACGGUAUGCUGCCCUGGAGUGAUUUAUUUCAACCUUCGAUCAAAUUGGCCGAGGAGGGAAUAGUAGUUAGCAGAGAGCUGGCUCAUAUCAUUAAAAAGAGAGAGAUCUACAUGAAGAACGAUCCAAGUUUAGGGGAAAUAUUUCUGAACUCAAAAGGGGAGAUUUUAAAGGAAGGAGAUACACUGGUCGAUACGAAACUGGCUGACACUUACAAGAAACUAGCAGAGGGUGGAGAGAAUGCUUUCUAUAAAGGAGAUCUUGCCGAUGACAUCGUGGCCGACAUUGCCGAUAGAGGUGGUAUCAUCACAAAGGCAGAUCUAGAAAGUUAUCAAGUAAGACGGAGGGAACCUCUAAUGUUUGAAUUGGAUGGUAUGAAGGUGUACUCGCCUCCCCCACCAGGCAGUGGUGCCGUGUAUGCACUCAUAAUGAACAUUCUUGAGGGUUAUGGUAUUGGUCCAGAUAGCAUUGCUACCACUGAAGCUGAGACCUUGACAACUCAUCGUAUGAUAGAGGCCUUCAAAUUCGCUUAUGCAGGUCGAUCAUUACUUGGAGACGAAGACUACGUCGACGUCAAAGAACUUGUGGAUCUCCUUCGUCUGCAGAUUAUUGCAAAUAUGACUUCACAGUCUUAUGCAGACGCCUUACGAGCCGCUAUUGAUGACAACCAAACUAACGAUCCUUCUUACUAUACUGCCUACUACUAUCAACCUGAUGGCGGUACAUCCCACCUGUCGAUCGUUGAUACACACGGCAAUGCUGUUUCAGCUACGAGCUCCAUUAACCUUUAUUUUGGAUCCAAAGUUCGUGGCAAUCGGACAGGAAUCCUCUUCAACGAUGCCAUGGAUGAUUUCUCAAAGCCCGGAGUACCAAACUCUUUCUGCCUUCCGCCGUCUGUUUCAAACUUCAUCCGGCCAGGAAAACGACCAAUGUCCUCCAUGACACCAACCAUAAUGGUGGAUCAUGACGGUAAAAUUAAACUUGUAGUUGGCGCGUCAGGAGCUACACAUAUCACCACCGGUGUGGCGCAGGUAACCGUGGAUACAUUGUGGUAUGGUGACAGCAUAAAAAAUGCGAUCCAACGCAGGCGUUUUCAUCAUCAAUUAUUUCCAAAUAACGUCACUUAUGAAGCGGGUUUUAAUCAGGACGUCAUCGAUGGUUUGAGUGCAAAAGGCCACUAUUCCAACGAGACCAAGAGAGUCUGCGUGGUGCAAGGCAUAAUGCGAGACGCACAGGGAUUCUGGAGUGCCUACUGUGACAACCGGAAAGGAGGCUAUCCAGCUGGUAUAUAAAGUUGACUUGGCACGACGAGGCCGCGCCACAGCAACAACUUUGAUAUUGAUUGACAGAAAAAGUUGUUGGGGGUUGUUAAUCUCGGUAGAGGGAACGGCCUCUUUUGGCGAGUCCAUUGGAGCUAAUUAACGUUUAAUUUUUUUUUCGUCCAAAUGCAACGACUAUUUAUAUCGUAUCCUACCCCUGUAGUACAUGCUGAAAAACCUGCUUUAGUCACUUUACAGACAGGGCCUUCCCAGCCAGAAAUUUUUUUUAAAAAGCCAGCCGGUCUCCAGCCAGCCUCCAGCCAAUUCCCAUAGGACUGUGUGCUAA